AUGCCCGACAAGAGAAAAGUCAUAAUGUCGCCCCCUUCCUUGAAGCGUCCUCGGAUAUCCUAUGAUGACGAUGAAGAUGACGAAUCUUCAACGGCAUCUUAUGAGCGUCCCCGUCAUAAUCCCCUUUAUGGCCAAAAGAGCGCAUUCCCCGGGUUGGAUGACGGAGACGAUGAAUUGCCGUACGAUGACCCGGAGGAUGGAUUGGAAUACCUACGCAUGGUUCGAUCCGAAGCAAACUCACUACCCGUCCUUUUUUCUGCGCCUACUCAGACCACAGACCCUUCAAAUCCAACAUCGAACACGCACCAUGACCUGAAGCAACUCGAACCAAAUAGUCUUCCUCUACCAGCAGGCUUCUACGAGGACGAAGCCUACAUUGCCCCUGCGGAGGAUGUGGACGAAAGCAAGGCCGCGCAUUCCCCUUCAAAGCUGGAUGAACUCUACCCCGAGACACAAAGAUCCUACAACAAUCUUCUCCGACAUCGAUUCCUCCUCUUGCGAUCGACGCUACGAUGCAGUCCACCCGCUGGGGCUAUCAACACCCUUGACAAUGACCACCCUAUCAGUCUCCCCCGAAAGGCCGGAUCUGCACAUAAAAUAUGGCGUCGGCUUUUGGUCACAGUAGAACCACGCAUGGUUCAGCUGGCAAGCAUGGACAUGGACAGCGUGUUAGAAGUGCUGGAAAUACUAGCACGGAUGAUGUCUGAUGUUGUGCGGGGCGACGACACACAGCGCGUACGGCGCAUUGGAGCAUGGGCUUGGGGCCUGUUGGGGAAGUGCCGCGAGGUUGGACAACUUUCUACCCGAGAGGUGGGAGUCAUCCGAAAUCUAGGGAAACGAGCCGCGAUAAUUUUGCGCAAGGUGCAAGAGCUAGAGAACGACGAAUAUGAGGAGGACGUCGAUUCUUCUAUGGCAGACCGACCAAAGAAGGAAACCCAGCAGGGUAACCUCGCUGAGUGCGAGAAAGAUACCAGGAAAGAAGCUCAGCAGGGAUCUACGGCCCAAGAUGAGGAAGCGACCAAGCCGGAAACCCAGUCAGGACCUACGGUCCAAGGCGAGGAAGAGGCCGAAGAAGAGGCUCAGCCGGAAACUAUAGGUCGGAAUGAGGAGGAAAGUAAGCAAGCAGAAUUGCCGGAGGCUGCAGAAGCGCAAGACUCGAGCAUGCCUGAUGCAUCGCUUGAAGAAUCCGACUUGGAGGCAGCCAAGGCGCGCUUGCAAGCUCGGCUGCAGAACAAUUACGAUUCUAUCAAGACGCCUGCUAGCUGCGAUAAUGAAGAAGAGGAAGAGGAAAGCGAUUGGUCGAUACAGACCCAUGCCCUGCUCGACAUGAUCAUCACGGUUGUUGGUGAGUUCUUUGGCCAGCGGGAUCUGUUGCAGGAACGAGAGGUUUGGGAUUAA